AUGUCCACUAAAGCUAUAGUGUUGGUAGGAGGCGACACCCGUGGAACACGUUUCAGACCGUUAUCUCUCGAUACACCCAAGAUCCUUUUUCCAAUUGCUGGUAAACCGCUUUUGGGCCACAUUUUGGAUAGUCUGAUUUUGUUGCCCAGUUUAACAGAGAUCAUUCUGAUUGGCUUCUACGAUAAGGCCGUCUUUGAAGGAUUCAUCAGCGAUUAUAACGCAAAGUUUCAAUUAGAAGAGAGGAACAUUGAAAUUAAAUAUCUCAAAGAAUUUAAAGCUUUAGGAACUGCUGGAGGCUUGUAUCACUACAGGAAGGAGAUUUUGAAGGGUGGUCCAGAUGAAUUCUUUGUUGUUCACGGAGAUGUGAUUACUGGAUUUCCUUUUACUGAAAUCUUCAAGUUUUACCAGAGCCUGAAAUCGGCCAAGAAGAAUGUGGAAGCUAUUUUGUUCGGAGUGAAGAUUAACAAUUACGAGUAUUUCAAAGUGCUCAAUAAUUCCACUGAUCGCCAUUCUUUUGGAACAAUCGUCUCAGCUGAUACCAAAGUUGUUCAUUAUGUAGAAAAGCCUGAGCAAAAAAUUAGUAACAUCAUCAACGGAGGAAUCUACCUUUUUGAUAACAAAUUGUUCAAACGAUUGUCCAACGCUAAGAUCACCAAGAUCAACAUUGCAAACGAUAUCUCACACCCAGAGCUAGUUGAUGAGGAUGUCAUUUCUUUGGAACAAGAUGUCCUGCAGAAGCUCCCGGAUGAUGGCACCACAUAUGUCUAUGAAUAUAAGGGGUUCUGGAAACAGAUUAAGACUCCAGCUGACGCAUUGAUUGGCAAUGAGCUGUUCUUGGAGAAUCUGUUCCAGAAGAGAUUGGUGCCAGAUAAGGCAAUCAAACUGACUGCGGAAUCUGGAGCUGAGAAUGGAAUCACUAUUGUGCCUCCCGUUUAUAUCUCUCCGUCUGCAAAGAUAGCCGAGAAUACCAGAAUUGGUCCUUAUGUCGCAAUUGGAAACAAUGUGUCUGUCGAAACUGGAUCUCGUAUCUCCAAUUCCAUAAUCCUCCGAGAUUCAACCAUUGGUGCACAUUCGGUGAUUCUCAACUCUAUCUUGUCAAACAAUUGCACUAUUGGUUCGUGGGCCCGUAUCGAAGGUACUGGCCUUGACAGUAAGAAGAUAGCUGAGUCCAUUGAAUCCCAAGCUAACAUUAUUGGUAUCAAAGGCACUGGUAAUAUUACAAUCCUGGGCUCCAACACAGAAGUUGCCGAGGACAGCUACAUUUUAAACAGCUAUAUUCUACCUAAUAAGUCUAUCAAGUUUGAUGUCAGAUAUGAGAUCAUCAUGUGA